ACUACAUGUACAGUAGACAUGGAGACAGAGCAGUGAUGAAGUGGGGCAACAACACGUGAGGAUAGUAGCUUUAUCGCACAAGGUCCCACGGCCCGGCGAGCAAAGCAACUGACACAUGCCAUUCGAAGUCGCAAUAGUUCCAGCCGGCAACUCCAAACAAGUUGCGCUCCGUUGCCUCGAAGGGUGGACGAACUAUCGACCGUAAUGAUGCGUCCAUCAUCGAUAUCUCUGCGCCGCCCCGCCCGGCAAAUUCUCUUUUCCUCUGUCUCCACGAUCCGAGCUGCGGCACCCGUCCCGACUACUGCCACCCAUCGUUCCCUAAGCACCAGCACCAGCACCGGCUCCGGCUGCCCAUGUGCAAACGGCAGCAGACGCCCCCAAGUAAAACAGACCCAAGAACUCCAGCAGCAGCAGCAGCAACGGCAGCAACGGCAACACCGCAACGCCUACCACUCCUACGACCACCCAUCCUCUUCUGCCGCCUUCACGCCCGUCGAGGAAUCCAUUCUCAGCGCCGCUUACCAGCACGUCCCUAGUCACGGCUUCACACCUUCUGCGCUCGCCGCCGGCGCCCGCGAUGCCGGAUACCUGGACAUCAGCCCGACAAUCCUGCCCGAGGGCGCCUUCGCUCUGAUCCGGUAUCACCUGGUCAAGCAGCGGGAGGAGCUCGCGCCUCGGGUAAGCGAACUCUUUGGGGGCGAGGGACACGUGGGAGCUAGACCAGGGCUGUCGGAGUGGGAGAUCCGGGGGCGCGUCGAGGCGGUUACGUGGGAGCGCUUGUCGGCGAAUGCGCAGGUUAUCGGGCGGUGGCAGGAGGCUCUAGCAAUCAUGGCACAACCAUCUUACGUCCCUCCUUCGCUCAAGGAGCUCGCCCUGCUCUCGGAUGAGAUUCUUUUCCUCGCCGGCGACUCCUCGGUCGACCCGUCGUGGUAUACCAAGCGCGCUUCGCUCUCUACUAUUUACGCCGCUGCCGAAUUGUUCAUGACCAACGAUCACUCCCCUGAGUUCAUGGAUACCCGGGCUUUCUUGAACCGCAGGCUCAGGGAAGUGAAUGAGGUUGGUGGUGUAUUCAGAAACUUGCGGGAGUGGGUUGGGUUUACUGCCACGGCGGGUGUCAAUGUUCUGCGCAGCAAGGGUGUCAGGAUAUAGAAUGCUUAGAUCCAAAGUCCAUAGCGAGGGCGCGCCGCGUACGCAUAUCAGUGAGCUUCAGCGAUGAUUGCCUCCAAAGGACUAAUGGGAUCUACCCUCCAUAAAUCAUAAAAAGAGACGACAAAUGGACGGAUGCAGGAGAAGGGAAAGGUUACAUCCCGGGUAGAAUAUUUCAUUGUAAGGUGACGUCCCAUGCAGAGAUUGUACAACAUUUGUACACUCCAGGUACGCAGGGUUAAGCAUCUGCUUUAAUGUGCCCCCCAACAUGUCUGCCACAGACAAAAAGAAAAUGGGUACGCUAUAAAAACACAAAUUGCAAACGCGCAGUGACAUUCCAAC